CUUCUUUUUUUAACUCUAAGCGAUGAUGACAGGGGAAGAAAGUGUCUUCAAGAUGAUAGAAAUAUAUACGCCCACCCAACAAGCUAUGAGCAAGCAAGCAAAGCUAGCAGGAGAUGGCAAUGGUGGACGCCGAGGCUCCCUUUCUGGAGGGCGGGGAGGAGCCGCUGGCCGGCGUCUCCGACUUCCGUGGCCGCCCCGUCUACCACGUCACCUCCGGCGGGUGGCGCUCCGCCAUCUUCGUCGCCGUGGUGGAGGGCGCCGGCAGCUUCGCCUACUAUGGCGUGUCGGCUAACCUGAUCACGUACUUGACGGGGCCGCUCAGCCACUCCAACGCUGCGGCGGCUGCGGCUGUGAACGUCUGGACGGGGACGGCCAGGCUCUUGCCACUGUUGGGCGCCUUUGUCGCCGACUCCUGGCUAGGCCGCUACUGGUCCAUCAUCCUCGCCUGCACCCUCUACGUCCUGGGUUACGGCAUGAUCACUCUAGCAUCCACCCUCCUUGCUCAGCAACCGUCACCAACCCUCGACAACGACUCCUCUUCACGUCCUUUGUCGUUGCAGGUGGCCUUCUUCUACGCCUCCCUCUAUCUCAUCGCUGUCGCACAGGGUGCUGACAAGCCUUGUGGCCUUUCCUUUACCGCUGAUCAAUUUGACCCUGACCACCCUAGCGAAUGUGCAGCCCGCAGCUCCUUCUUCAAUUGGUGGCACUUUUCCAUAGCCGUUGGUAUAGGUAUCGCUAUUAAUGUCGUAAGCUACAUCCAAGAGAAUUUUGGUUGGGGAAUUGGUUUUGGCAUGCUGUGCACUGUAAUGAUUUGCGCCUUUGUCGUCUUCCUCCUUGGCAUUCCUACCUACCGCCUCCACGUGUCCAUCGCUAGCUCCGGUAGCCCCUUUGCCCGUCUCAGCCAUAGUUUCAUUACUCUUGCCAAUAACUCAAGCUUCUUCUUCCGCACUAAAAGACACCAGUAUGAAGAUGAAGAUGCCACAACCAACUUGGAGGAGGCACGCGGCAUGCUAAGGCUAUUGCCAAUCUGGUUUGCAUGCCUAGCAUUUGGCGUGGUGUUCGCGCAAAUAACUACACUCUUUAACAAGCAGGGUCAUACCCUUGAUCGGCGUAUCUUUGGCGUCCUAGAGCUGCCGCCAGCCACGUUGCAAACAUUCUGGCCAGCAGCCGUCCUAUUGUUUGUGCCUUUCUACGACCGUGUUCUAGUGCCGACAUUGCGUUGCGUGACUGGCAUCCCAUCAGGACUGACGCUACUGCAACGAAUAGGCACAGGCAUGGCUGUGUCGCUAGCCGCCAUGUGUGUGGCGGCGUUGGUGGAGGCUCGGAGGCUAGAGACGACGCGACAACAUGAACUGGUUGACGAUGCUGGUGCGACGGUGCCGAUGAGUUGGGCAUGGCUAGUGCCACAGUACAUGAUGGUCGGGGUGGCGGAUGUGUUCGUGAUAGUCGGGAUGCAGGAGUUCUUCUAUGACCAGAUGCCUAAAGAGCUUCGUAGCCUUGGGAUAGCGCUCUACUGCAGUGUGAUUGGGGUUGGUGGCUUCAUAAGUGGCGCUCUCAUUUCACUCAUUGACCGCAUCACCCGCAGCGGUGGUGGCGACAGUUGGUUUUCUGAUAACCUCAACCGGGCCCACCUUGACUACUUCUACUGGGUGCUCGCUGGCCUCAGUGCCGCCGAGCUUGUGCUCUACAUCUACUUCGCCAGAUCCUACGUCUACAAGGACAAAAGAGACCGUGCAAAGUGACAACCUAGAAUUAGCAGUGGGCGUAUUUAUGCAUCGAUCAUUCGAUGUAGUGGAUGAUCAGCAAACAUUUUAUUUACUCCACUGGACUGUGGUCACUUAUGUGGUAUUUGAAGAAAAAGCUAUCGGUAAAGAAGCAACACAUUAGCAAGUGGCAUAAGUAACCCUACGGGGCUCUCUACGUGUUCAUGAUGACAAUGCAUUUGAAGAUAAGAUGCACUUAUAAAGCACGCAACGACCUUGACACAUGAAAAACUUGUUGCUUAAAACUAGAGCGCUUUUACGGUACCCUCAAACUAAUAUAGACCGUUCAUUCCUCCUAAUACAAUGGUUUAGAUUGACUGGUACUCCGGUCCAAAUGUUAGAGAGUACCACCACUAAAAAGAAAGGAGUACCGUGUCCUGAGGGUUAAAAUAGUAAUUCAACAAUAUAUAUAAUUUCCUAAUCCUAAGUUCAUGCACAAUUUCUAUGGUGGCAAUGCGCCGGCUAUUCGGCCGCCGCGCCGGCGGGAAUGGGCGGGCAGCCACAUGCCCCGAGCGCUGAAGCCACAACCUGCAUGCUCGUAGGCAUGAAUGCAUUAGGGCAAUGGUCGAUGGAGCCGUAGAUUACGCAAGAAAUUCCUGUGCGGAUCAUCAUCUUCCUCGUCUGAAUUCGUUUUAAGAAAUUCUUUCCCAUUCGAAGAUGAUCAUCUGUAAUUAAUCCCUAAAUUAAAUCUUUAUGAUGUCGAUAGUUAUGCCAUCCAGACGGAAUUCUGUCGUUGAUGGAAACUGCACACUACAGCAGGUUUAUUCGCCUCAAAUUACCAUACAUCCUACGGCGAUGAAUUUUCUGAUUUUUGAAGAAACACAUGAUUGAUUUGUUAUUGGUCGCACGGCGAUGAAAGUGCCUCCAGCUGCGGCUGCGCGGCCGCAUGUGCUUGAUUAGGCUGUUGGAUUUGGAAACCUAGAUUAAAGAUCAGAAAACAACACUUCUUUAGCAGGAGAAAAUACUGAACUAACCCUGCAAACCAACUGAUGGAUUUGAUCGGUACUCCAACUCUACUCCAGGGAGUACCAGGGUACCGUAAAAAACCACAUAUGAUCAAACGGCUAGAAAAUCUUCUAGCCCGGGUGGUAAUGCAAAUAUGCAAUCUCAAGGUUGACUCUGAUCUGCAGGUUGUUGUGGAUCAUGCAUGUGCUCGUUAAUUAUAUAUAACAUUCUGGUCAAACGGCUAAAAGAUGUCUUGUAGCCUGAGUGGUAAUGCAAAUAUGCAAUCUCAAUGUUGACUGUGAUCUGGAGGUGGUUGUGGGAUCAUGCAUGUGUUCGUUAAUUAUAUAACUAUUCUGUUCAAACAUCUAGAAUACGUCAUCUUGCCCGAGUGGUAAUGCGAAGGUGCAAUCUCAAGGUUGACUGUGAUCUGGAGGUAUUUCCGGAUCAUGCAUGUGUCCGUUAAUUAUAUAACUAUUAUUAAUGAUAUCCUAAACAUGUCAUCAAAUCAGAUGUAUGAAUUCUUUAAUUAAAUAUGCCCCAACAGCUAGAUAACGCGCUUGAGUGGUAAGGGUAUCUCUAGGUUGGUACGUCGUUGACAAUGAUCCGGAGGUUUGAUGGUAGAAGAAUUUAGAAUAUUUGGUUUGCGGAUCAUGUAUAUGCUCACUAUAUAAUUAAUGAAAGGUUGAACAUCUCAUCAGAUGUAUGAAUUCUUCACUUAUCUAUAAAAUAUAAUAUCACACUGCACAGGGGUACCUGUUUUUAGAGCUUAAUGUUUUUGAAUUUAUUAUAGUCGAACUAAAGGAAAAGCUAAAGAUGCUUAAGGAAUUUAAUUUUACUUAUUUUUGUCACUUAAACCAAUUAAAUUCUAAAUUAAGUUAUUGUACAAGUUAUAGUGCUAAUAAUCAACUUCAAACAACUUUAACUAAACUACUCUUCAUGCGUUUCAAAUACACUCCAUUUUAUAUUUGGGCACAAGGGUUAUCAAUGAUGGUGAAAUGUCUAUAUUGUCUAUCUCUUUUACUUUACAAGUUUGUUAAAUUACCUCCUAUUCCUCCCCGAAAAAAGACAGGCAAGCACAGGCAUAGGAAAUUAGCUAGCUCCUCAUCUAUAAUAAGUAUUGAGGGUGUUCUAAAAAGGAGGAAGUACUUCUCAUAGUUUGUGUAUAUGCAUUUAGCUUGAAAAUGUAUAGCUCUAUAUUUUUAGUUGACAUAAUGUACCAUAAUCAAACUUUUUUUCAAUUCAUUUGUGCUACCUUCUAGUAUG